AUGGCGGUUCACUGUCAUCUGCUACACAUUCCCCGCGCCGCAGCAAUGACGAGCACUCGCCGGAACGGUCAGUUAUCAUCCUGUGAGCCAUGUCGUAAGGCAAAGCUACGAUGUGACCAAACCGUCCCUAUUUGCGGCCGAUGUGACCGCCGAGGCUUGCAAGACCAGUGUCUUUAUCAUCCGGCACCUCUGACACGACCUGAUAUUCCGCGAACUCGCAGGACGAGGCAGAUCACGCAUCGCUUGCAUCGAGGACAGAGUGUGAGCGUACAGGCUGCAGGUGUGACCUGGGAUCAAAAGAAGCUGUCCCUUUCGGCCCCGGGGUUCUUAGGGCACACGAGCUAUUCGGACGCUCUCACGGACACGAACAGUGGAAAUUUGCUUUCAAUUGACGAGGCUGCUCAUAAUCAAACGAACUCUAUAGUCAUCGACUCAGAGAGAGUCCAUUUGGGUGCACAAAUUCUGAUGCUCCUGAGGGAUCUCCCAUUCUACAGAAAGGUCGUCACUGCUCGAUUCAAGAUCUGGGAGGGGUGGUUUUUGGGUUGGCAGAUUACAGACGCGAUUUUCAAAAUUGUGGAAGAUAAAUGGGGCUCACUGGAGAAGGAAUUCGAUGACGAAAGUGAUCGUGCGUUGCUAAUGUCUCGACAAUUGUUUCAGGCCAAUACUCGUCCAUUCCUUGUCCACCCAGGGAUGUCAUGGCCGGACUUUGUCUUUGCAGCAUCGGUGCGAUGGGAAGUAGUCGGAUUGUUAUUCUGCAUUGCGGGCCUUGCAACUCAAUGGAUAUCUGAUGCUGACCCAAUAUUCAAGCAGCCUGGCUCAUUGGACUCAAAGAGCUUGGCCACAACGGCCAGUACCGUCAGUGAUAUCUGUCUUCAGUUCUGUGACAGUGCUGGAAUCCUCAAUGAUCUUGUAAGCUGGCUCCUGGUGCACCACACUGUGCUCUUGACGGUCGUGUAUGGGGAAAGUGAUAACCGACCGUGGCGAAAGCUAGGCGAGCUUUCGACGACCGUUUUCGCACUUGGUCUUCAUCAGGAUUCUAGCAGCGAUGUGCCAUUCUUUCUUACCGAGCUACGAAAGCGGACCAUGGUCGCAGCGUUCAUAAUGGAUAAAAUCUUAGCAACAUUCUUGGGUCGACCGCCACUUAUUAGCUGGCGAUAUUGUGACAUUGCAAUGCCACUGGACCUUAGCUUCGAGGAAAUUUUCGCAUCAGCAGAAGUUCGUGCAGCUGCACUUGCGCGUCUAGAGAAGAAUGGCGGGUGGAAUCAUGAGGGGACACUGACAAAGGGUGCUUGGGCGCGCAUCAAUCUUUUUAGAUCUAUUCAACGCGAGAAGAUUCUGGAGCUGUCACUGAGUUGCCGAAUCGAGAAUAUACAGCGGAGAGUCGAGCGGCUCUCGGAGGAAAAUCGCCGAAUGCGAUUAGACCUUCCUGAAUUCCUUCACUGGAAUCCGACCAGAGGCACUAUAAACGCACCCGCUGUAGAAGAUGGGCUACUGUUUUCUUUACAUUUGGACUUUCUCUACGACGACCUACUUCUUUAUCGAAUUCUGCAAAAGCGGACUCAGGCCCAGCCUAGCGGGAUAAUCACUACAUCUCGGGAGAUUUUAAGCACAUUGCUAACAAUGGUGGGAAAGUCGACGCUAUCCGGAUAUCCUCUACUAGAUUUAGGGUGGAAUAUGUGCUAUGUUGGAUUACCCGCAGCUGGUAUUCUUUCCGCGGAGCUUCUUCGGCGGUCUCGGUCCACUUUGUCAGCCAUUGAAACGGCCUUUCCCCGGUCGGAAAUCAUUCAGAAUCUCAGCAUCUUUGCGUCCUAUCUUGAUCAUGUUAUUCAAAGUAAUGAGGGAAAUUAUCAAGUCUCUCAGCAGGGCCAGAGAAUUAUUCGUCACGUGCUUGAUCAAGUGCUGUCGGUCGAUAUUUCUUCCCCCAUGUUGAACUCAUUAGAGACACCCCCAGAUACAUCGGCCAUCGAAAAUCUUCUCGAAGAUGUUGAUAUAGCGGACAGACAGGCUUUCCUGGGGUGGUUAGAUGGGUCCGUGGAGCAGCGACAGGAUUCAUGGCUGGGCUGGGUUAAUUUCAGUUAG